GUGGGCAGAAGAGCUCAGACAGCUGCACCCCCGGGGGAACGAAACGCUGCCUGAGUGGAGCAGGAUGAACGACACAACGACGACAACGACGAGCUCUACCACUGACUUUGACUAUGAAGUGGCAGAACCCUGCCAGAAAACCAGCGUGAAGGAAGUGGCAGGGCAGCUGCUGCCCCCGCUCUAUGCGCUGGUGGUCGUCUUCGGCUCCGUGGGCAACAUCCUGGUCAUCCUCAUCCUGGUCACCUGCAAGCGCCUGAAGAGCAUGACAGACAUCUACCUGCUCAACCUGGCCGUCUCCGACAUGCUCCUCCUCCUCACGCUCCCCUUCUGGGCUCACUACAGCGCAGCCUACAGCUGGGUCUUUGGAGGCGCGGUGUGCAAGCUGCUCACGGGGCUCUACCACAUCGGCUAUUUCGGAGGGGUCCUCUUCAUCAUCCUCCUGACCAUCGACAGGUACCUGGCCAUCGUCCAUGCUGUGUUUGCUCUGAAAGCCAGGACGGUUACCUUCGGUGUGGUGACCAGCGGGGUCACCUGGCUGGUGGCUCUGUUUGCUUCUCUCCCAGGAAUCAUCUUCAUAAAAUCUCAAAGAGAAACUUUGCGUUACACUUGCAGCCCUUAUUUCCCUCCCCACCAAUAUCAUUUCUGGAGGAAAUUCCAGGCACUGAAGAGGGUGCUCUUGGGGCUGGUGCUGCCGCUGCUGGUCAUGGUCGUCUGUUACUCGGGCAUCCUGCGGACCUUGAUGCGGUGCCGGAAUGAGAAGAGGCGGCACAAGGCGGUGAGGCUCAUCUUCGCCAUCAUGGUCGGCUACUUCCUCUUCUGGGCACCCCACAACAUCGUGAUCCUCCUGAACACCUUCUCAAAUCUUGUGGCCCUCAACAACUGCAGCAGCUCUAACCAGCUGGACCAAGCCAGCCAGGUGACCGAGACUUUGGGGAUGACACAUUGCUGCGUGAACCCUAUCAUCUACGCCUUCGUUGGCGAGAAGUUCCGCCGGUAUCUCUCGGCGUUCUUCAGAAAGCACGUGGCCAAGUGUUUGUGCAAACAGUGCGCCAUCUUCCAGCGAGAUGCCUCAGAACGCAGCAGCUCCUUUUAUACCCGGUCCACCGGGGAGCAGGAGGUCUCCACUGGCUUGUGAGCAGGCCUGCCGUGUGGCUGUCACUCAGUGUCUCUGCACAGCUGCCAGUGGGGGUGACUUUGGGGACAGGAGUCUACUGUCACAGAGGAGCUAAGACCCAUCCCUCUGCUUGAGUCUACAGGAGCUGAUAAGACCAUUGACUCUAGAAAGCUGUGUCAAAAAUCCAUUGAUGAAGUUGGGCCCCUGAUUCCCCCUGCUUACACCGAGUUACUCAUAAGCUCUUUCUUUAGUGCAAAAGUUCACUAUCAAAAUGUCCUCAGAGAAUUGCUGGUUGUGAGGUUCAGCUGUCUAAAUAGAAAUAACUAAGUGCCCUGAGAAACACCGCGCAGCUUCUUCCCUUGUCCAGAGCAGCCUGCAGGUGUAAAUGUGUUUCACGCAAGCCUUUGUUUCACCCUAGGAGGGAAGAUAGGGUGUGAGUUGCUGAGAAACAGCGAGUCCCAGCUGUGAUUUCCCUCCAAGGUAGGGACAGCAGGUUCCACUGACUUGCGGGGCCAGGCGAGUGUCCUGCAUCCUGGCAGGGAUGGGGGCACCACACAGGGAGGGAGGAUUUGGGCCAUCUGUCCGUGGAGGAGGCGAAGCCGGGCCUCAGGCUGCCGACAGCACAGGCAAAGCUUGGUUGUGAGAAAACAGGUAGCUAUCCCCAAAGAAGAAGGACGAGGCUGGGUGGGGUAGAACAUUGCCCCGACAGCAUUGGCAAUGUCAGCAUUGCCCUGACGGUGUCAUGGCAGUGCAGGGAGCCUCCUGCCAGCGUGGCCGGGCCAAAGUCUCAUUUUGUAGCCAGUGGGGGACAGGGGAAGAUGAGUAUUUGGGAGAAGGAGAUCAGACAUAGUAAGACCAGAAUGAGGGCAGCCUCCUGGGUGAGGGCAGCCUCUUGGUCCUGCAGCUUGGGCUGAGCUUGGCUGGAGGUGAGCAGCCCAGAGGAGCCCAGGAGCAGCCUAGGCUCCAAGCAGAUGCAGGAAGAUCUGGAAGGGUCAUGGCCA